AUGGAUGCCAUCUUGUUGAAUAUUUUAGAAAGAUAAAUACAUUGUUUUUGACAUAUGCACCAGUUUCUUCCAUAAGGGUUGGAGCUAUUUCAUAGAGUAGAAAAAUAAUGGUCUAGUUACUUCUGUUCUUGAAACUCUGCAAGAUGAAACAUUUGAGAAAUUUGCCAGUGAAGCUUGAUACUAGUGGCUUGCUUUUUAAUUGCUGACUGGCUUUCUGUGUUUUUCACUGACUGCCAGACAGGCAGAAUUUCAACAAUGCAACAUCCCAGCCUUAAAACCCAGAGAAUUAGUAAGGAACUCUGCUGACUUAAUUAGAUUUCAAAUCUGAUAACAUAGUGUAACAAAAUUUGAAAAAAAAAUCUGUUCCUGAUUGAAAAUGUAUUUUCUGUUUAAUUGUGCAGUACUUACUUUGAAAGUAGUUGUUAUACUCGAGAAAAAUUAUUUUUUAUUCUUCUGUUAUCUGAAAUCCAAAAGUUUGUAAUUUUCCUUAAUGAAACUAUGCCAUUUUUUAACCUUUCAGAACAAGGUUUUUGCAGUUUAAUCAACCUUUUCCCAUGGGCUUCUGUGAGUUUUCCAGGCUGUAUGGCCAUGUUCCAGAAGCAUUCUCUCCUAAGGCCCGGGCUGUUGCGCAGGCUGGAGAGCAAGCCAGCUGAAUCCAGCUGCAAUGAAUCACUCUGACCAGGAGGUCAUGAGUUCGAGGCCCACUCGGAGCCUAUGUUUGUCUUGUCUUUGUUCUAUGUUAAAAGGCAUUGAAUGUUUGCCUAUAUGUGUAAUGUGAUCCGCCCUGAGUCCCCUUCGGGGUGAGAAGGGCGGAAUAUAAAUGCUGUAAAUAAAUAAAUGUUUCGCCUAAUCUAUGGCAGGCAUCCUCACAACCUCUGAGGAUGCCUGCCAUAGCCGUGGGUGAAAUGUCAAGAGAGAAUGUUUCUGGAACAUGGCCAUACAGCCCGGAAAACUCACAGCAACCCAGUGAUUCUUGUCAUGAAAGCCUUUGACUACUUUUCCCAUAUUUUUAUGAUAGAACCAGUUAGGAAAUGACAUUUAUAACCCAGGAACAAAAAUUGUAUUACUUAGUGUAAUCUUUCGACGAGCGGCCAUUGGAACCAUAGUAUGCACUUAAAAUCAAAGAAGCAAGGCAAAUAAAUGUAUGCUGAUACUCCAGUCAUGCUGUAUGUUAAUACUGUAUUUCUUCAGUUCUAAGACUCACUCCCCCUCAGAUAAACAUAUUUAAGAAUGGGGAACAUUUUAAUAAUAACAUUAUGUGUACCCUGCCCCCUCUCCCCGAAGGGACUCGGUGUGGCUUACAUCAGAUACAGAAAAUAAUAUAAACAAUGAAGAAUAAUAAACAAUGCCUCUUCGUAGAAUUAAAAUGACACAAUAGUAUAAACAUUAAUAAAUAACAGUUUCAAAGCUAUUUGUCCUCUAAAAACAGUAUAAAUAUAAACACAGUUUAAACUAGUCAUAGAAUCAUAGAAUAGUAGAGUUGGAAGAGACCUCAUGGGCCAUCCAGUCAAACGCCCCGCUAAGAAGCAGGAAAUCGCAUUCAAAGCACCCCCGACAGAUGGCCAUCCAGCCUCUGCUUAAAAGCCUCCAAAGAAGGAGCCUCCACCACAGUCCAGAGCAGAGAGUUCCACUGCUGAACAGCUCUCACAGUGAGGAAGUUCUUCCUGAUGUUCAGGUGGAAUCUCCUUUCCUGUAGUUUGAAGCCAUUGUUCCGUGUCCUAGUCUGCAGGGCAGCAGAAAACAAGCUUGCUCCCUCCUCCCUAUGACUUCCCUUCACGUAUUUGUACAUGGCCCUCAUCAUGUCUCCUCUCAGCCUUCUCUUCUGCAGGCUAAACAUGCCCAGCUCUUUAAGCCGCUCCUCAUAGGGCUUGUUCUCCAGACCCUUAAUCAUUUUAGUCGCCCUCCUCUGGACGCUUUCCAGCUUGUCAACAUCUCCCUUCAACUGCAGUGCCCAAAAUUGGACACAGUAUUCCAGGUGUGGUCUGACCAAGGCAGAAUAGAGGGGAGCAGGACUUCCCUGGAUCUAGACGCUAUUCCCCUAUUGAUGCAGGCCAGAAUCCUGUUGGCUUUCUUAGCUGCCGCAUCACAUUGUUGGCUCAUGUUUAACUUGUUGUCCACAAGGACUCCAAGGUCUUUUUCGCACACACUGCUGUCAAGCCAGGCAUCCCCCAUUCUGUAUCUUUGAUUUCCAUUUUUUCUGCCGAAGUGAAGUAUCUUGCAUUUGUCCCUGUUGAACUUCAUUUUGUUAGUUUCGGCCCAUCUCUCUAGUCUGUCAAGAUCGUUUUGAAUUCUGCUCCUGUCUUCUGGAGUGUUGGCUCUCCCUCCCAGUUUGGUGUCGUCUGCAAACUUGAUGAUCGUGCCUUCUAACCCUUCGUCUAAGUCGUUAAUAAAGAUGUUGAACAGAACCGGGCCCAGGACGGAGCCCUGCGGCACUCCACUUGUCACUUCUUUCCAUGAUGAAGACGACGCAUUGGUGAGCACCCUUUGGGUUCGUUCGCUUAGCCAAUUACAGAUCCACCUAACCGUAGUUUUGUCUAGCCCACAUUUUACUAGUUUGUUUGCCAGAAGGUCGUGGGGGACUUUGUCGAAGGCCUUCCUGAAAUCCAGGUACGCUACAUCCACAGCAUUCCCUGUAUCGACCCAGCUUGUAACUCUAUCGAAAAAAAGAGAUCAGAUUAGUCUGGCAUGACUUGUUUUUGGUAAAUCCGUGUUGACUAUUAGCAAUGACCGCAUUUGUUUCUAAGUGUUUGCAGACCACUUCCUUAAUGAUCUUUUCCAGAAUCUUGCCUGGUAUCGAUGUGAGGCUGACGGUAAUACUCAGUUUCUGUUAGCAAGAUACCUGACAUGAUUAAUGCUUUGAUGGUCAUUCAAAUCUUGUUGGAUAAUUAGAUAAUACUCUAGCCAUUAUCAAAACCUUGCUUAAAUAGCCAAGUUUUCAAUUCCUUACUGAAGGUUGAAAGAGUGGGUGCUUGCCUUAUUUCCUUGGGGAGAGCAUUCCAGAGUCGAGGGGCCCUCUCCUUCGUCCCCACCAACCUCACUUGUGAUUUUAGAGUCGCAGGUGUAUCUUAACGUAUUUUCGUUGGUGGGACUGAAAUUAGGGUGCGCCUUACAAUUGAUUGUAUCUUACAAUUGAAGAAAUACGAUAGUAUUGUUUCCCUCCAGGCAUAAAUCUUUAUGAAAUUAAAACAGAACCAUUUAUCCACAAGAGGGAGACGUUGACAUAUUUGGGGGAAUUAAAUGUAUGUGCAGAAUAACCCAAAAAUUCUUUAGAAGAGGGGAAAGCCCUAAGCAGGAAGUGGCCUUGAAUUGCUUCAGUGUGGGCUAUGCAUGUUUAGUGGGCACAGAAUACUAAGACAGUGUGUAUCUGUUUGUUCGUAUGCACAAAAUGAGAGAAACCAUGGCUGGCAGGAACCCUGAACAAUAGCAUUCUACACUACAAUUUGCAAUUAAAAAUAUUUAUUUAAAUAAUAUUUAUCUCUAUUUUUAAACAUUUGGAGAAAUAAACAAGAUAGUCCAGUCUCCCUCCUUGUAAAUCUCAUUCUGCCUAUCUGGGCUUACUCUGAGAAAGGUUCUGCUUCCCAUCAUUUUUAGGUGGAAAAAAAUUAGGACUCCCCAAGAUAAUAUUUCCAUCAAUUGUAAUGGGAUGUUCUGUACAGCAAGACAUUUUCUGGUCUGCAUAAACCAGCAUUCCACCAUUUGAAGUCUUAACAGUGGUGUUGAACUACACUUGUCCUCACAUCUGGAUGCAUGUUAAUGGAAGUUCUCGUUCAAUAAUACAUGUCCAAAUCCAAACUUAUCUUUGCUUCGCCAUAACCAUAUUUGUCUUGGCUAAUAGGGAAUGCUGCCAGAAACUGUGAAGGCAGCAAAUGAUGGUUACAUCCAAUACAUCUUCCCUGGAAAUGAAGAGUACAGAGGCUUUUUGUCAAAACAGGUUUGCUCAAAAGGCUUGGCUUGGAAGAUGAUCAAAACAUCGGCAUGGCUUGUAAGCCGCCCCGAGUUCCUUUUGGGAAAUGGUGGUGGGGUAGAAAUAAAGUUGGGUUACUAUUAUUAUUAUUAUUAUUAUUAUUAUUAUUAUUGACACAAUGACAUAGUAUGACACAGCAAACAAGAAAGGUAUGCUGGAUUAUUUUAUUAUGACACAGCAAACAAGAUAGGUAUGCUGGAUUAUUUUAUUAUGACACAGCAAACAAGAUAGAUAUGCUGGAUUAUUUUAUUAUGACACAGCAAACAAGACAGAUAUGCUGGAUUUCGUAUCACAAUAUCACAAUAUCUAUCUUGUUUGCUGUGUCAUAAUAAUAAUAAUAAUAAUAAUAAUAAUAAUCCAGCAUAUCUAUCUUGUUUGCUGUGUCAUACUAUGUUGUUGUGUCAAUAAUAAUAAUAAUAAAACCAACUUUAUUAUUUUAUUAUGACACAACAAACAAGAUAGACAUGCUGGAUUUCGUAUCACAAAAUCACAAGUCAAACACUUCCCAAGCAUUUAGGACUGUGUGAUGUAUUUUCGGAUGAUGCGCGCAGACCCCAGUCGGGUGGCCUUUUGUAGUUGGCAAAUAAUAAACCAACAUUAUUAUUAUUAUUAUUAUUAUUAUUUGAUAGAAAAUUGCUUCACCCCCUGUGCAAUGUAUGAGGAGCUCUGCAAUGUUUCUUGCAAAUAUAUGUAAGAGUGUACAAGCUACUGGUUCAAUGCUCUUGUUCUGCACAGCAACUUGGCUGUCAAACGUGUGAGACAGAAAUACAAUUUUAAAAAUAAAGCGAAAUCCUUGAUCCACCAUUUUGGCCUCGAUUAGACUAAGUGUAGCAGGAACAAUUCUUUUUAGAGCUUUGCCAGAGAUAAAGUGGGAUAGAAAUCAUAAUAAUACAGUAGAGUCUCACUUAUCCAACACUCGCUUAUCCAACAUUCUGGAUUAUCCAACGCAUUUAUUGUAGUCAAUGUUUUCAAUACAUUGUGAUAUUUUGGUGCUAAAUUAGUAAAUACAGUAAUUACUACAUAGCAUUACUGCGUAUUGAACUACUUUUUCUGUCAAAUUUGUUGUAUAACAUGAUGUCUUGGUGCUUAAUUUGUAAAAUAUAACCUAAUUUGAUGUUUAAUAGGCUUUUCCUUAAUGCCUCCUUAUUAUCCAACAUAUUCGCUUAUCCAACAUUCUGCUGACCCAUUUAUGUUGGAUAAGUGAGACUCUACUGUAGUAAUGGUAAUGGUGGAUAUUUUGAUGGGUGGGAAAAAGUAGAGGAAUCGUCUUUCAGCCCAAUGGGCUGCAUUGUAAUAGUGGGGGGGAAGUAUGUAAGCUUAAAUCUAACUGCCUAUUAAAUGAAGCCUUAAGACAGGCAUUUUGAUGACCAUGAUAAUAAUAAUACUUUUUAUUUUUUAUCUGCCUCUCUUGUCGGUUCGAGGUGAGGAAGAACACAGUCAAAACAUAGGAACAUAAUCCAACCUUGCAAAAUAAUAGCGAUAUCUGUAUAAAAAUUGGAAAAACCCCAGAGAGUGAUGUUGUGUGGAGAGGGAAGUGAUAUCCUUUUGGGGGAAUUUCAGGAAAGCUGGAAAUGGUGUCAGGGCUGGAGUUUCCCAAUCCCUGGAUUACGGUGCAGCGCCAAGAGAAAUUUCAAGUUCAACCAGGACUAGAAUCCCAAAAGGUGUCGAAGACCGGGACCACGUGAAGGCAAUCAGCAAAGGUGCAAAAACCACAUCCCUGCCUUUGUCUCCUCCAUUGCUGCUUGCGGUGUGGCGUUCCUGGCUCGCCUUUCCAAUCCUCUUUCCAUGGUACAGACCCUUUUUUGCAGCAUCUUAGGACCAUCGGCAUCCUUCCCGUUCGCAAGAAGCAAAAGAGAAGAUCUGUGGAUGAGGGGCACUUAAGGACUGACUGCUUGUCUGGGCAUUUGGGAUGAAAGAUGUCUGAAAUCAUGCCGGAGGAUGGCAAAAGCCCUGCAGGAAAGGAACUUCGCUUGCAGCCGGCACUAGUCAACGGAAGAUGCGAGAAUCCGAUCCCGCUUCUGGACAGACUUUCCAUUACCAGGGGCAUCUGGGACCUCUGCAGUGAAGACCCGGCACAGGCUGCAGAGCUGCUCUCAGUACAACUUCCUGGGACAUUUGUUGUGAUCAGAAACAAAGCCAAAGAUGCCAGAACUUUGUUCCUUCAAACCCAAGAAAGCCAGAGCGAUGCUAUCUGCCAUUUUCCCAUUAAGGAAGACAAUUCAGCUUUUCAUCUCGAAGGUUCCCUCCUGCGUUUCAGAAAUGUAUUGGAACUGGUCAGCUUUCAUAUCGUGAGCAGGGAUAUCUUGCCCUGCCGGCUGAGGCUCCCAGAUGCCUUCCAACUUCCAUGCAAAUCUCAACUGUAUGCAGUUGCUGCACUGGGCAUGAAAUUCUGGACAAUGCCCCUUAAAUCCGGCAACAGGCUGCCAUCGGCCAAAGAAGAAGAGGAUCCCACUUGUCCCAACGGAGAACCUCUUGAGGCCAGCCGGCCAUCCUGCUCCAUCCGAGUGACAUCCGAGAACAAGGCGCUCUGCAUCAUCAACCCGCUUUUCCUCUCGGUGCACAGCGAUGUGAGUUGGCUUGACCUCGCACCCGCACCCUGCCGCUUGGCCAGCAGAAGGGAGCCUCUCCAGGAGUCUAAUGGCUGUGCCAAAGCGGCAUCCAGGGAGCCGGGAGUCCGGCAGCGGAGUCAGAAUCGCCCCAGAUCUCUUGAGGGAGAAGAGAAGGCACUGAAAGGUGACCCUUUGACUCCCUCGGCCUCCACUCAACGGAGGCUCUUCCUUCGCAGUCCAUCCUGGAACAGUUCUGAAACCCUCCCCGAUGAUCUGCCCUCGUCCCCUAAUACCCAGAAGGACGUCAGGUCCCCGCAUCGCGUCUCCUGGAUAGAAGGCGCCCCUGCCGAAGCCUUUCCCACUUGGCCGCUGAAGAACUCCAGCUCUGAGUCCUCCCUUCUGAGUGAGACCCUGUCCCUGCCUCUCAUCCCGGAGCUGGACUCGCUCUCCAUCAGCAGCGUGGAGGACGAAGCCGAGGGCCUGCCUUCCACUCCGGGUGCAGCGCACAAGAGGCGGCCCUGCUCCUCCGCCGUCUUGAGCAACAAGGUGUUCCGCCGCCUCUCUGCCGUAAGCCUAGCCCUGGGUGGGUUCCUCUCUGCUGACCGUCGGAUCUCCAAGCGGGUGCAGGAGCUGGCCCAGGACCCCUCCUCUUACGUGGGAGGCCUGGUGCAGAGCUUUGUCGGGCACCUCCUCCGGGGCGGCGGGCUGCGGCACCCCACCAGCACCGAGAUGCUGCAGGAGAUCCGGCAGAUGAUCAGCAACCUCAAGGGCUACUUGUGCGAAAGCUCGGAGCUGCGCACCCUCUGCGAACACUAUGAGGUGGAAGACAUGGACCUGGGUUACGUGGUGGAAGGCGCCUUGUACAAGUGUAUCCUCAAACCGCUCCGGGACUCGGUUUACGCACAGCUGCAGGACUUCCGCUCCCAAGACGGGACCCUGGACAAGCUGCGCGGGCACCAGGCCACUAUGCGCGAGCAGAGCCUGGCCGAGAUGGGGGUGGUUUCCGGGGUGCCGGACCCGGCCGGCUUGGAGCGCCUCCAGACCAAGCUCAGCCUCCUGCACCAGGCCUAUUCGCCCCGAAAGAAGGAGACCCAGAUGCUGAAGGUCUGCAAGAUGCUCUACGAAACCAUGAACCAGACUCCCGGCAGGACAGAGCCGUUCGGAGCUGACGAUUUCCUCCCGGUUCUGAUCUAUAUGCUGGUGAACUGUGACAUCGUUUCGGUGCAGUUGGAUGUGGAGUAUAUGAUGGAACUGAUGGAUCCCAGCCAGCUGCAGGGAGAAGGUGGAUACUACCUCACCACCUGGUUCGGGGCCCUCUUCCACAUUGCCAACUUCCAGCCGGCCGCCAUGAUCACUCGGCAAAUCAGCGUGGAGGCCCAGCGCUCCAUCCACCAGUGGCACCGGAGACGCACCAUCCACCCGCACCACCACCACCCCAUACGGCGCCAUUCGCAGAAUAUCCUCUAUAUCUCCUUCCACGAACCCUUCAACAACCAGAAGACAGUCGCAGUCACCGCUGAGAUGACCACGGCUUCCGUUUGCGCAGUUUGUGCGGAGAAGUUUGGCGUUUCUAAGGGUGAAGCCUACGGUCUUUUCUUGGUUUCGGGGGAGUCCUCCCAGCUCCUGGCUGAGGACAGCCACCCACAGCGGGUCCACUCCGGCCUCCUCCGCUCCAAAGGAGACCCCGCGAGUUUCGUGUACAAACCCAAAGACUGGGCCUUGCCUGCCACUGGUCAUCUUCCACUUCAGGAUCACAAACGUUUGACUGAUCCCCUUGAAAGCAGGGACACCGAGCCAUCUGCGGCCGAUUAAAUGCUAACCUUGGACAUUCACAGAGCGGAGUCCUUCCUUCUAACUGCCUGGUUUCAUUGAUUCUAAGAUACGUCCCUCGACAUAAGCAUGUCUAAAAAUUAAAUAUGCCUUGGAAUCUAUAUCUAUAUAAAUAAAAGUCAAAAUACCCGCA